AUGAUUGUAACGACAAUGAUACCAGCUUACAUGGGUGAAGUUAAAAGUGAUGGUAGCAAUCAUCUUUAUUUCUCAUAUCCAACACCAGUAGCUACCAAUAUGGUACCGGCUAAUUUUACCGCUUAUAGUAUGUCAAUACCGUCACCAUAUGAAACCGCAACUGUUGUUAAUAUCGCAAAACAGCAAGAAGAAAAUUUUCCAACUAUCGUUUCCGUUCCCUCAACAUCAUCUGCCGUAACAUCCGCUUCAACUUCAAUACUACCACCACCACCACCAUCACUACCACCACCACCACCAGCACCACCACCACAACAGCAAUCAGAAGAACAGCAACAACGAUUACAACAACGUAGAUCUGUCGUUCCAGUGGAUGAAGAAGCUCGUAAAAAAUAUCGUGAACGACGAGAUAAAAAUAAUUUAGCAGCAAAAAAAUCUAGAAGUAAUCGACGAGAAAGAGAGAAAAUGAUGCAACGUAAAGUUGAUGAGUUGGAGAAGGAAAAUGAAGCGUUACGCGCUCAAUUGGCAAUUUAUACGCAACAGCUAGAUUACGCUCGAAAAGAAUAUGAAAGACAAUUAUCAUUAUCUUAUACUGCUCAACAACAAGGAAUGCUACUCCGUGAUAACCCUACAAAUUUGGUACCAACAACACAAUCAACACCCAUACUAUAUCCCUCAUUUUCUCAACAAACUGUUACCUGA